AUGGCCGAGGGCUCGUACGGCAGCCCCUUUUACCAGGGCAACAUAGCGCCAGUAGAAAAUACGUCCUCCACAGCCAAGUUUGCGACCAACGUGAACCGCAAAAAGACGCGCAAAUGGGUCGAGGCAAAGAAGGUCAACUAUGACGGCAGUGGUUGGGGCGACGAGGACGAUGAGGAUGAGGAUGACGGCUAUGGCGACGAGCCCAUGCCCCCCAUGCCAGCCAACGCGGCCCCGACACCCCUGCCGUCCCAGUCGUCCCUUGCACCCAGCGGCGUCACCGUCGGCGGCGCCCACCCGACCGCCGCCUUGCGCGCACGAAACAGCCCGUCGCCCAUGGGCCGCGUCCCGAUGAACGUGCAGCAACAGGCACAGCAGUCGAUACAGCAUAACCCGCAACAGCCACAGCAGGCACAGCAGGCACAGCAGGCACAGCAGGCACAGCAGGCACAGCAGGCACAGCAGGCACAGCAGGCACAGCAGCAGCAGCAAGCACAAUGGCGGCAAGUCUCGCCCGCGCCUGCGGCCGCUCGUGCGCCACCACAGCUGCGGACCUCGUCGCCGGGCACGGGUAUCGGUGGUGUUGCACCGCCGCCACAAUCGCAGUCACAAUCGCAGUCACAGCCCGGGAAUUACCCUCCCUUCCGUGACGGACGCUCGGAAUUGCCCCUGGGCCCGCGUGGACAGUCGCCGGCAGUUGUGGUGCCUCGUCCGGGUACCGGCCCGGCAGGACCACGGACCAUGUCGCCAGCCGGAGGCCCCAACGGCCCUCGUGGUAAAUUUAUCCGUCCCUCGGACAUUUAUAAGCGUGCCGACUCAAUAGAGUCCAUAGACAGAGGACGGAAGGAACUGCCCACCGCGCCUGCCACGUCGGCCAUAGUCAGCAACAACACGACUGCCCCCAUCGGGCAUCCCCAACCACAGACGGAGGCACCAUCACAAGCACAACACAAACCGCAGGACUCGGUCGACUCCACCGCCUCCGCCGAAGACGCCGCCAACGACCGCCGCUACUCGACCAGCCCCAAACUGCCGGACCUCGCGCGGUUCUCCACCUUUUCACCCGAUCUUUUGUUUGGCGGCAGCGGUGGUGGGUUCAUGUCGUCCGACGCACCACCGCCCGUGCCUUCGAUCCCCAACUCGCCAGCUGUCGGGGCGUUCCCAGAGUCGGUUACGGCCGCUGCCGGUGCCCCUGCUGUGUCCGCAACGCCCGCGAAGCACCUCUCGUCUGUGGCCGAAAACGUCGCGUCCACGUCGCGCGACGCCUCGCCCUUUUCCACGUCCUCGCGCGAGUCUGCCUCGGCCGCCCCUGUUCGUGAUUCGGCCGCCACCGCCAUCACGGCGUCCUCACUCGACGACACCCCGUCGACGACGACGGCUGGCGCCCGCGGGUCUGCCGACUCGACCCCGUCGUCGGUCGACGGCCCUGCCGCGGGAGCAGCAGCAGAUAGGAUGUCUGCAGCAACGGCAGAAAAUCGCAAGUCGGCGGCCAACAGUGCCCAGGAAGCGACGACGCCACUCGCUACCGACAACAACACUGACAACGCAAGCACCGUUGCAAACACGGCCGCAGACCAACAAACGGCGCCCACGCCAGCCUACUCUAACGACCCCAUGAUUGCUAUGACGGCACCCCUCAACCCACACCGCUUCAGCAGCAUGGUCCCCUUUAUGCCGCCGCCCGUCACCACGCCCAAGGGUCCUCGUGACAUCCAGCGAAGCGAGACGGCAGAAUCCACUCCCACCACCACCACGGCAGCCAACUCCCCGGUUAAAGAGAGCGAUGUGCUUCGCGAGGAGAUUAUCCGCACGUUGAGCCCUGUUAAAGCGACACACUCGGACGAGUCGCUCGAGGGGACUGUCAAGGACUCAACUGCCAGCGCUGUUGAAGACAAAGAAGUGGGUGCCAGGUCUGCCGAUGCACCCACAUCCCAAAACCGGAGCGAACACACGCGCACGCUCACCCGCGAAAGCUCUUACUUGCAAGACGUGUACGACGACUAUUGGACCCCGGACGACACCUCAGGCAACGACACCUACACCACCUCCGACCCGCCGCCGCCCAUCCCGCCAUUGGCCAGUGCUGGUGCUGGUGCUGUGUCGGGCCCGGGUGCUACGUCCGCUGCUGAGACUGGCGCCGACUCUGCCGCUGACUCUGUCGCCGACUCUGCUGCCAGCCACUCUGUCACACCUGCAGCUGUUGCUGCCACCGCCGCUGCCACUGCUGCUGUUGGCGCUGCUGCGUUGGCUGCGUCGGGCCACUCGUCCUCGUCUGCCUCCUUCUCUGCUGACGCCGCGACGCCACAACCUCAGCCGGCCGCGGCAGCCGAGUCGCAGCACACCCACCAACUACGAUCCCAACAAGGCCUCGCUCCGUCGCCGUCGCCGAAUCCCAGCGCCAGCGGCGUCCCGGGCGCCUUCCCUAGCAGCAACGUCCCGACUCCUGGCGCCGAUCCUGCCCCGACCACCCAACCGGUCUCGGCUCAGGCUGCUGCUGCCGCCUUUUCGAAUGCUCCCGGCCUGCGCCGUCGUUUCUCGUGGGAGGCCGAGCCCGAGCAGGCCGCCGAGAACGGCACCGGUGCCUUCACAGCCGUCCGUGCUUCUACCAUGGCCACACCACCUUCGUCUACGCAGCCGCAGUCGCAGUCGCCUCCGCCUAGUCUUGACGCGAUGCAAGUGAGCAGCCCCGUGUCAAACGUCCCGCCACCCAACGAGCUGCAGCCACAGCAACAGCACGACCGCACCAUGUCGCCCCAUGGUGACUCCAACACCGUUGUCUCGGCUGUCUCGACCUCGACAGUGGCGCCCGAGCUGACGGCGCCCUCGCCCGUGUCGGAUGCUGCUGUGCCGGGUGCGCCGGCAACGACGAAGCCGACCGCAGCGGCAGAGGCGGCCGCCGACAGCAGCGAAUAUCCGGCACAAGACGCGGCCCGCCCGUCGAAGACCCAGGCACCCGUGCGAUCCAUGCUCGAUGUUGGCGAUGCUCCCGCGCUCACGCCGAUCCGGUCCAUGCUGGAUGUCGGCGACGACCCGCUGCCCAAGCAGCUCGUCAACCGCAUCUCCACGGCCGAGUCCAUGCAGUCAUCGACCUCGUUCCAGUCGCAGUCGCAGUCGCAGUCGCAGUCGCAGUCGCAGAACAACCUGCAGUCACAGACGUCGCCGACCGCCGCACCGUCCAUCCACGUCUACCAGCCUGCCGCACCCGUUGUGUCUCCAACGUCUCCGGCCGCCCUUGGCUCCACCGGUAACAACCCGGCGCUCUUUGGGAGCGCUACCGGCAGCCCCAGCCAAACCCUCCGCCAGUGCAUGGCCCUUGACUCUCAUCAUGACCGCAUGGCCAAGCUGGCCGAGGCCCGCCACGAGUACGCCGUCGCCGAUUCUGGUCUAUCGUCCUGGCUGCAGUCCAUGACCGCCGUCCCCGAGUAUGCCCGUGCUGCCUAUGCUCCACUCUUUGACAACCAGGUCGGUGGCGCCGGCCUCCCGCCCUCAGGCUCUGCCUCCCGCCCUGUCGCCGCCGUCGCCGCCACGAUGUCACGCGUCCCGCACGUCCACGUCGCUGUGCCUUCCGGAACACAAAUCUCCAACAAGAGCAAGGAGAUUUUUAAUGUCGCGACGGGCAAGGCCGGCAAAGGUCUGCUGGCCCUGCGCAAGAAGGGCUUCCACAAGAAGUCGGCCAAUUAA